AUGGACAAGAAAUACAAAGAGUUAGUAGAAAAGAAAGGGAUAUUGGAAAAUGAACUUAAAAAUUUAGAGAAGAGUAUUUUUGAUGAAGAAACAAAGUAUUUGGAAGAGACAGGUCAUUUUGGAAAUGUGAUAAAAGGAUGGGAAGGAUAUUUAAAUAUGAAGAAUAUUAAAUUGAAUGGAAAUAUGUAGAAAAAAGGAAAGAUUAAUCAAUAAGAUAGAAUAUUUUCAUAAAGCAGCAAAACAUCAUAUUUUGUUUAGGAGAUAUUACAACCAGUUUAAAGUAUGGGAACAUCAAAAUAAGGUUUUAAUGAAGGAAGUGCAGAAGAAAAAAAAGAAUAUCAUUUUCGAAGAACUAAGAAAAAUAAUAAAUAUGCAAGAUUUCAAAAAGGGAGGUAAUUAAUAUUAAAAAUAGGUUAGCGAAGCAGGUUAUCAUUCUCCAAUGACUUCUAGUGAUGAAUACCAUGAAAAGAAAGGCAAAAUACCAAAAAAAUUUUGA